AUGGCGCCGAAGGUUAAGAGCGGUGACAUCAACGUAACCAGUAACGGCAACAUUAACGGCGUCGUUAAAGAGCCGCAUUUUCGUGGCGUGAGGAAGAGGCCAUGGGGAAGAUACGCCGCCGAGAUCAGAGAUCCAGGAAAGAAGAGCCGUGUUUGGCUCGGAACCUUCGACACGGCGGAGGAAGCGGCGAGAGCCUACGACACCGCCGCACGUGAAUUCCGUGGUCCCAAGGCUAAAACAAACUUCCCUUAUCAUACGGAAACUCUCAAGAUCCAUAGCCCUAGCCAAAGCAGCACCGUCGAAUCCUCGAGCCGCGACCGUGACGCCGCCGCCGCUGACUCUUCUCCUCCUCUUGACCUCAAUUUGGCUCCUCCAAUCAGAGGUCCGGUACGUUUUCCGUUUCAGCAUCGCUUCACUCUGAAUCCGAUGCCGGCGGUAAACCAGGCGCAGGCGUUUUACUUCGACGCUAAUCUACGCGCCGGUAAGGGUUACGGAUUCGAAUAUUUUCCCUCCGUGACAGCGAGUGGAAUCCACGAGACGACCACCGGUGCACACAGUGAUUCCGACUCUUCGUCGGUGAUUGAUCUGAACCACCGUGAAGACGGUGUAAAAGACGGUAGAGAUUUCGAUUUCGAUCUUAACUAUCCUCCUCCAGAAGACAUGCUAUGA